GUAAUAACAGCACACACAGUUGUUUUAAACAAACGUUAAAGUUUGCAUGCCCUACAUUUGACGAUAGAAAAUCGUAUUGAAUUUGUAUUGUACAAAAAUGUUAAUAUUUGGGUUGAUGCUGUUAAGUUCUACUAUUUUCUUGGAAUUGGUUAGUGGUGAAAACUAUUCGGAGCGUUAUCGUCUUCAGGUGCACUAUUCGUUGCCGUCUGGAUGGUUAAAUGAUCCAAACGGGUUGAUAUUUCAUGGUGGUGUCUAUCAUUUGUUUUACCAGAAUUAUCCGUAUAACAAAUUAUGGGGGCCGAUGCAUUGGGGUCACGCCGUAUCAACUGAUUUAAUCCAUUGGGAAACAUUGCCAGUUGCAAUAAAACCUGAAGAUGACGGUGAUAUAUUCAGUGGUUGUUGUGUGGUUGACAACAAAAAUGUGACUGGAUUUUCAAAAAAUGGCAUUGAACCGUUGGUUGCAUUAUUCACUCUCAGUAAGAAUGGCUAUCAGAGUCAAGCAAUGGCAUAUUCAUACGAUAAUGGAGUUUCAUUCACACGAUACGAUUGGAAUCCAGUUAUUGAAAAUCCGUCACUAGUCGACUUUCGUGAUCCUAAUGUGAUCGAACGAAAUGGAAUAUAUUACAUGGCCGUGGCAGCUAAUGAUCGAAUCAUAUUUUACAGCAGCACAGAUUUGUUAUCGUGGACCAAACUAAGUGAAUUUGGAGCCUCACCAAGUCAGGGUGAUAAAUCUGGUGUUUGGGAAUGUCCGGCGAUUGUUGCAUUAACAGAUGAAAACGGUACGGAGUAUCAUGUACUGAUUGUAUCAGAAAAUGGUGAUGCUGCGGGUAGUGUGAUGCAAUAUUUUAUCGGUAGAUUUGAUGGGAGUUACUUUGUUAAUCUAAAUGGUGCAGCGACUACUUUGUGGCUUGAUCAUGGACCAGAUAACUAUGCAGCGGUUCCUUUUCACAAUGACCCACACGGCCGAGUCAUUUUAAUCGGUUGGAUGAGUAAUUGGUUGUAUGCACAAGAAAUUCCAACAUCAACAUGGCGAGGUCAAAUGACAAUACCACGUGCACUUGGACUCAAAACAGUCAAUGGAAACGUUUAUGUCGUGCAGCAACCAAUCGAUGAUUUACUAUCGAUUGCUGACACUUCGAAAAAUUGGAAGAUUGCAGAAUCAAUUAGCGUUGGAACAUCCUUUACUUACAAUUUAAGUAAAGAAUCUUCAAUCGAAUCAUCGCUGUUAUUACUGGAGUAUGUCUUCGAUAUUGAAAAUGCACAAAGUGGAAUAGUUGAGUUUCGCUUCAGCAAUAGUCACAAUGAAUUUGUUUCGUUUGCGUAUAUUGCUCAGGAAAAAGUUUAUCAAUUGGAUCGAACGAAGUCUGGAAAGACAUCAUUCAGUAAUCGGUUUGCAAAUGAAAAACUCACUUUCGACAGAAUCGAUAACUCCGACAAUAUAACCGGACGCAUCAUACUCGAUGUUGCUUCAAUUGAAAUUUUCGCAGAUGAUGGCUUGAACACAUUUUCAGCAUUAUACUUCCCGACUGAACCAUUUAAUGAAGUUACUAUUAACUUCGCGUUUGAUGGCGAUGAUGAAACAAAUUCAGUCGUUAUUAAUGAACUCAGCCUCACUCCUUUGAAGAGCAUUUGGUCAUCCUCAACCGCUGUACGUGCAAGUGCUGGAACUAUUUUUGUCUUCAGUUUUUUUUUACGUUCUUUCAUGAAUUGAAAUUUAAUUAUUGAAUCCAUUCUAAAUUCGAAUAUGCUAUUGGCA